UAUGAUGAGUUGACAAUAAAUCUCAUUCACAGGUGGAAGUAUCUUAAACUGCUUUUGUGUACUAUUGUAAACCUACUAGAAACUGAGUUAAGUGUUGAAAAUCCAUUGCUCAGUGUCAAUCAGCUCAAAAUUCUAAAAACAGCAUUUGAAAGUGCAGCAUCUAUUGGUAUUAUUCCAUCAUUAUUCCCAAACAUUAAAAUUCACAUGAGUUCUACUCGCCCUAGGAUAUUUAAAAUAAAUUUUGAUGACAGUAUACUAGAGAUGCACAAAAAGUUGUCGCAUACAGUAAAAAUAUUUUUACAAUGUUUUGAAAAUGAUACUCUGAGGCCUGUUUUGAUACCUCAACUAGAUUGCUUGCUGGCGGCACUGUUGCAAAUAUCACAUGCACCAUUGGCAAAGCCUGUUGAUACUCAUAACACAACUUUUGGGGAUUCCGAGUCGAAGUUUAUAAUGACGACAGAACUGUACGACACAUUAAAAAAGGAACAAGAAUUUUUCCAUCAAAAACUACAAGAUUUCAUUGAAAAAUGCCCGCAAUCCACGUUGAUUAAGGGAUUGAUGGUAAUAAUGGGAAUAAAAAAUAAUCCCAAAUGGCUCCAGGUAAGCAUUCGGAAUUAUUUAACAAACAGGAUUAUGCAGCCGAAUGGCGUAGGAGCUAUAACAGUAGCAAUUUGCGAUGAUGUUUCUGAUGUGGGGAAAUGUUGGGACAAACUGGAUGUUACUGCAAGACUCAUUGCCGCAUCAGGCGGAAAAGAUGCCGAAGCGUAUUAUAACUCUGUUUGCUCUCAGAUUGUGAGCUUUCUUAAUUCAAAAGACAGUAAACAAACAGUGUUUAUGACAAACUGUUACAUUAAGGCUCUGCAUGAUCAUAAUCCAGAUAUAUGUGUAAAAAAAAUUAUGCGUGUUAUAAUGGAACCACUUCAAACAACACCUGUUGUCACAACGAAGCAGUCGAACAUUAUCAAAACUGAGGAAGAAGUUUCCCAAUGCAUUAAAAACCUGUGCAAAUUAUUUAUCGUGGCUGAUGCUGAUUUCAAAUGCCUGCCGAUAGAUUUUUUAACAGUAGUUGCUCUGCCGUUAUUUUACCUUUAUGUAAAAACGUAUAAAAGUGUUUAUGUUCAUCGAAGUCACAUUCGUCAGUUAAUUUUGAAAGUUCUCGAAAGUACAUCAACUACAGAAAUUUUUUCUGCCUUUUUAAAGCACAAAGAUCAUAAAAAAAAAUAUGGUAAUAUACUUCAUUUCCGUUUUGGGGUCAACUGUGAAAUCGAAAUCACUUCAGAAGAUGUAUCAAUAAAUUACGAAGAGUUCGCCGAUUGCCUUUUCGAUUUGGUUUCAAAAGAUAGAUCUCUGUCCUUUAAGUUAUUCUCCUAUUUAUUGAAAGUAUUACCGAAAUUAAGUGAUGCUGCACAGAAUGUGCAAAAAGGCAAACUAUUAGAGACAUUGGAAGACAUGUAUGAAAGGAUAGAGAAGCAACUCACGGCUGUAAAAUUGUUAACGCUACUGUCCAGUUCCACUUUGGUGCAAGAAGAACAAGUAAAGAAUCCUGAACCACUGUUGGAAUUCAUUAAGUUUUACUUUUGCAAAGUUGCUUCCAGCUCAAAAGAUGAGGAAUCGUAUGAGCAAGAUGUCAGUAUGUUGUACACGAGUGUAAUGUUGAUAAAAGUUAUACUCACAGAUAAGAACAUCACUAAGUCUUGGGAAAUAUUUGAAGAUUUUGUUACUUCAAUUAAGAAGCAGUUUGAUUUUACGAAAAUUCCUCCACACGUAGUUUCGAUUUUAGAAGAGGUGGAAACAACAGUUAAGAAGAAGGGCAAGUCCUCCAAGAGUUAUUAUGAUUUAUCGUCAGACAAACAGUUGAACGAGUUCGAUAAAGCACUAGCUGAUCUAGCUGAUCCGUUACUUCCAGUCCGUGCUCAUGGAAUUAUAUGCCUUACAAAAUUGAUCGAGAAUCGUCACCCUGAAGUAAAAGCAAAAGAAGACUUCCUUCUGUGCUUAUUUCAAAAAAAUCUCGAUCACGAGGAUUCAUUUAUUUAUCUCGCAGCAGUCAACGGAAUUUGUGCCUUGUCUUCCAAGUUUCCGGAUAAAGUUAUUGAAAUAUUAAUUCAAGAAUUCAUUGGUCUUACCCAGCAAACUAAGAAUCGCGAUGUAGCACCCGAAACGCGUGCUAAGCUUGGCGAAAUUCUCGUUAAGACAACGAGAGCACUAGGUGAAAUGAUACCAAAGUAUAAGAGUUUACUGAUAAAUGGCUUCUUGUGUGGUACCAGAGAUCCCGAUCCUCUAGUGCGCGCCUCGAGUCUUUCAUGUCUCGGUGAACUAUGUAAAAUGAUGGGUUUCAGGCUUGGAAACUUAAUAAUCGAGAUUCUACACUGCAUUGGUUGCAUCGUAAAAACGGACAAGGACGACAGUUGUCGACGAGCCGGCGUUCUCGUGGCGACACUUCUGCUUCGAGGACUCGGGAAAGACGCCCUAGUCGAGUUGGGCGAAAACCUCGUCACCCUCUAUCGCAGUCUCAAACAAUUGCGCGACAACGAUAAAGAUCCGGUUUUGCAAUUACACGCUCAGCUGGCUCUCGAAGAAUUCGACGACAUAGUACAGCAAUUUUUAUUCGCAAAACCGAAACUAGAAAAAACUAUAUUUUUACUUCCGAGUUGAAAAACUGAUUUUUGAUUAAAA